AAAAAUAAUAAUUUUAAGAAAUUGGUAAUUUAAUAUUUUGAAACAUGUAAGUUUCAUCUAGUAAUAAUUUAAUAACUAAUAAGAAACAAUGUUUAUACAUAUUUGUUAACAAAUAUGUUAACAAUGUGAAUCUACCAGUGCUGCCUCAAAUGGGAAUGUACCUAACCUCACAUUUAAGUCAAUUUUUUAAUUCAGUGAUUCGACUCUGUUAAAUUAUAUUUAGCAUUAAAAUAGAAAAUUUCCUCAUAUUCAUCAACAAUAAUUUACAUUAAAGGCAUGGGAGAUAAUCUACGACGAAAGAUAUAUCGUAUCUACGGUCCGAGAUUAUUUGCAUCUUCUUUAGGUAUUACGCACAUUUAAAAAUCUUCAUCGUACGCGAAUGGCUACUUUUCAAGAUGAUGAACAUGCAUUACAAGUUACAAGGAACAAGAUAAAUGAGGAGUACAGAAAAUAUAAAAAUGUCACUAAUUCAGCAGCUAUUGAAGAGUUAAAUAAAUUUGCCGAAGAAGUGGAACAUGAACUACGAACAACAGUAAUUCAAGCGGUCGAAACACAACCCGGAACAUACACGUUACGUCUUACACCUGACAAAUUGGUAGAUAGUAUACCUUACAAGGAUGAGAAAUGUGAUACUAGUAAUAAAAAUGCAGAUAUAAAUACGUCUAUUUCAAAAGAUAAACCAAAGUAAUAAUUGCAAAUAUAAAAUAUAUUUCAAUUUUGUAAUUAAUUUAUUAAGUCUAGAAUAAAAAGAGAAUUUCACUUUAUAAAG